UCGAAGGAACCGAGUGUUCGUGGUCUCCUAUUCCGUACAAAGUCAGAUUGAUACAUUUUUUUUUUCCAACGACAUUUAGGCCAACGGAUACCGGCCUGCCCAUCGUCUUCGAACAAACCACGGAAAGUACGGGAGCUCGUGCCGAGCGAUCCCGCGGAGUCAAGGAGAGAUGGCAAGACAACAGUAACGCCGCGAAAAGGCGGCUUCACCAUACCCUAAACCCGCACCUUCAUUCGCCCGCUUUUACCCUUCACAACCAAACGAACCAACAGCAUCACCACCGUCACCCCCUCAAUCGUCACAAUCCGCACCAUCGUCAACGAACCCAUCGACAUCAAUCUUCUCAACACUUAACGUACCCUCUCGACAUUUCGCUCACUCUUGUACAGCAAACGCACGACGACACGUCUCGCAAUCAAUCCUGCAGAUUUGGCAAGCUAGUCAGGCGCGACCGGACGCACGAUCAUCACCAAGACAGACCGUCCCGGUGGUGUCAACCAUGCGUCGAAUCAACAUUGUCAGAUCGAAGAACUUUGCGUUCCAGUAACCGCAACGCUCUCAAGAGUAACGAUUAUACUUCAUCUUCGAAAUAUCGAAAGCGCGAAGCAACUAUAAUCAAAAAUAUCGUCAAACCUGCACCACGUUCCUCCGACAAGCGUUAUUCGUUAUCGGAUGAAAACCCGAAGAACUUGAGACGACGGAACGUCCUGCUUUUGGACCCUGAUCAGCACUAUCUGUCCGAUACGGUGCUCGUUCGAACCAUGUCGCCGGUAGGAGCAAAUUUUUCAACAUCCAUGAAAAUGAGUUUUUCGUUAUCCUCGCUGCAACCUUCUAGCGGAAGUCUAGAAAGUCCUGAGCAUGCGAGAUUACGAACGGAUCGUCCUUAUAACAGCCUCACCAAAAAACGGAAGGAUCCCGAGCAGGAGCAGUGGCGUCGUUCCUGGGGAAGUCGGGACGAGAAUAAAGAUGAUUUCUGGGCAGCGAUACAGUCAAACUACAAUUACAUUAUGGACACAAAUCUCAUCGACAGUUGCAAGGAAGCAAACGGCGAACUUGCAUGGGAUGAGGGUGACGUCUCAAUUCUUUCAUGGGGAUUGAAGGAGCUGAGCGGACAGUUUUCGGAAUUGUAUGCAUGGCUUGGAGCUAUCCAGGAGUUGAUUUACUCCAAGGAAGAGAACGUUCUCGACAAAAGUCUGCGCGUGGCUCACACAGAGGAGCUGCGGCGCAAGGCUUACAGAAGAAGAUUGUUCAAUGAACAAGCGAGUAAACUGGUAGCCAGAGCUCCGACGCUGAGAGAUGAAGUUGCCUGGCGUGUUGAUCAUCUCAACACCAAGUGGGAACUCGUUGAGCAGAUCAUGGCACCAGGGGAACAAUCGGUUUCUGAUGAACACGACGUCUCUGCAGAUUUGGAGCACGAGGUGAAAUGUCUACGGAAAUGGCUACGCGAAAUGGAAUCCCGUCUGCAACCCCUGAGUUUUCGAAUCGACUGGAGCAGAGCCGAACUCGAGGAGAAGGCUAUGGAACAUAUGGUUUUGCAACGAGACAUCGAAGCCCAUGGACGAAUCGUCAAUUCGGUGGUAAAGCUGAGCGAGCGAGUGGCACUCACUGCGACGGUUCAACAGAAACAGCAUCAGGAACGAGAACAAGAUCAGCAGCAACAACAGCAGUAUCAACCCGGACAGGCGAUACGCGUCGCAAGUUCCCUCGAACGUCGUUGGCACCUCUUGUUCUUGCGGGCGUUGGAGUGGCAGUGUCACAUAGAGGCUUUAGCUGCACGCAUAUGCAACAAGAGCCCCGUGUCUUGUCGUUGCAGCAGUGACAGCGACGAAGAGCCAGUCUCGAAACAGCCUCGUCUGAGUCGUCGUCAAUUACGCGAGUCUCGCAAGUCUCCGGGACGGUCGACGAGAUCAAAUUUUCAACGAUCGAGUAAAAUAUCCAAGGGGGACGCGUCCGAUAGCGACGCCCUUUCCGAUAACAAGUCAACCGACGAUGGGUCAUAUUUCGAGGAUGAGCUGUAUCAGCUCUGUGUGAUGGACACAAGACCGACGGUCGAAUAUACCGAAGAUUUGAUCAACGUUAGAAGGAGAGAAUCGAUAGAAAUAGGAGACCGCGGCGAAGAGGGUGACAUCGAAGAAAGUUGUGCCAGCGAAGAAGAACACGAAGAAAUGCCUCCGACACCAGUCGUCGCUCCCGCAUCCGCGAAUCGAGUACGUGAUCUCUGCGACGAGGUGGACGCCGGUGGCGUAGGAGUGAAGGGUAUCGCACCCUCCCCGAUAGCGAUGAACCGCAUCGAAGAAGACAGCCCGAGGCGUCGUAGAGCCAUGGCCGAGUCUGCCUUUUUCAAUACGUCGGAUAGAAAAUCAAAGAAUUGCGCGACAUUUUACUUCAAGCAUUUGGACACCGACUCGGAGGCUGACUGUAACGGUACGAACAACCAGUCGCCGGUAGUCGAUGAUUCUUCGGAGGAGGAGUGGACUUAUACACCUCAACCGCGUACGACUGAUCAGAAAGUAACGUCGGAGCAGAAAAAGACCAACGUCGUUGUCCGUUUGGAUUUCGGCGAGAAGGCUCGCGUCGAAGAGACUAAGAUGAUCGGCGUUAUAUCGAACGACGUUAAUGGUAACGCGACGAUUUACGACAAUGGAGACCAGGUGCAUUUUGAAGAAGAGGAAUUCGCGAAGGAUAGUGAAGAUGAAACGAUGAACAACCAAGAGUGCAUAAGGAGGCUCGUCAGUCAGGCGGAGGAUCUCGUUAGAGAAGACAUGUCGAAUGAUGGAAAACCGGGAAACGGUACCAGGAUCUUUCCACCGUUGAUGUUCAAUCAGCAAGGACUCAACAUGGCUAGUACGCGAGCCAAGUACGCGCGCAUCAAGGAGUGGCUUAAGCUUAACAUCAUCUUGCCCAACGAGGGAAAGUCCAUGUCCCAAGCUUUGGACAGCUGCGAUGCGAGUGGCGAAUGUACAACCGGCGAAUCCGACAUCGAUAAACAAUCCCAGUCGUCGGACGACUUGCAGAGUAGCGUGGCUACCUAUCGGCGAGCUGUGGGUAGUUCGGGUUGCGUGUCGCAUUCGAUUUCACAGGAAUUCAUCACCGACUCUGACAAAACUCCGGUCAGUGACAAAAAUUAUCUACCGAUGGAUUCCAGUACACCUAAAGUCGUGAUGCGAACGAAGCGGAAAUCGAACGGUCCUAGACCUUGGAGCGUUUCUUGCAUCUCUCAAAUCGGAAACGGCCGGAACAUCGAAAGCGCUAACGAUCCCAUUUCUCAAUUUUCCAUCUCCGAAUCGGCGCUACAUCAACUCGUCGCUACGCCGCCGAUGAAAUCUGCUUCCUUUGACGCUAGCGGUUCCAGUGCUGCAUUUAAUUCCUCGUCAACGCUGUUAGAAGAAACGAUUAUUGGUUUCGAUGGCAGUGCAACCAAGAACAGUUCACUUCGUAGAAAGAAAAUAAAACUGCGCAAAAAGCAUUUGGGUCGCAAAAGUGAAUCCGGUUCGGAUAGCGUGAACGUUAACCAUCAUUCCGCCGGAAGUGACGGUUGCUCAAACCAACAGCGAUCGUCACCGCGUAAGACCAGCACCAUCCGAGGUGCUCGUGUAAUUUCUAGAGAUGGUUACGGACGCGCGACAACUUUAGUAAAAUCUGGUUCCUUCUCGGGUUCUACGGCUCGUCAAUUAUUAUCGUUGGAGAGAAGUACCGUCAGCGAUCCCGCCCCACUCGUCAGAUCGAACUAUCACAGAAGAGAUGAGUCCACUUCGGAAACGGAGGACGAACCCUGUCCGGGCACCAGAAUCCCGAUAUCUGCCUACAAGGGAAACCUCAUCGACAGUGUCCUCUUCAACACUGAUCUCAGUAUUCCGCAAAUCAACGUCGACUCCGAUGUCGAGAAGAAUAGCUUUAGCAACAACUCGUUCUCGGAACAGGCUUGGGAUAAUUAUCAGGAAAAAUACAUGAGUGAGCCCUACAGCGAGGCGCCCGAUUCGGAAGCCGCACGCCGACUUCUCGAGUUCGGUGAUGAUUACAGAAAUUUCCUCGACAGUCAAUCGGAUUGCGCGUCGAGUUUGAGCGCACGACGAGAUGUCUCACCGCCACCGCCACGGAAACGCAAGCAACAUGGACUUGCCAUCACAACCGAGGACAGUGACAGCGAUAUGGAAGACUUACGCAAUCUGGUGGAUAAAUCGCAGUCCCAGCUUACUAUUUCCGAAGGGCUUUUGUCGCGGCCAUCGCGAGCACUUUUGCAAGACGACGACGACUGCGCUGAGGUAGAAUCAACUUGCAAGGAGAACAUGCGUUGUUUGCGGGCGGUUCUCGAAGCUGCUGGUGGUGCUUUAAGAGGAGAAAGAAACACGAAGCAGAUUCGCAGUCUCAUCGAACGCUGGGAGUCAUUGUCAACGCGCGCCGAAGAAACGCGCAAAGCUGGUGCCCUUCACCGGGACAUGGCAGCGAUGCGCCUAGAGCUUCGAGCUGCCCACGACAGACUUCUUUCCUACGAGGUUGUUCUCGAUCAGCACCAUCUUCUUGACGAGCGUAUUAACCAGGUUACCGGUGAACUGGCCACGCUGAGGGAACGCAAAACCGCACUUUUGGCACUGAACGUCACCGCGCACCGUUUGGUCACCGACGCCGGUGUUUCGGGCUCUUCUGCCCUAGCAGCUCUCAAAGACGAGGUAGCUGACCUCUACCGCGUUUGGGACGAGACCUUCCAAAAGGGAAACCAGCAGCUCAGCGCUCUGCAGUCGAUCCAACAAUUUGGCGCACGUCUUACGGAGUUGCAGAGUGCUCUGCGUAAGGACAAGGAUACUUUGGCGGUUCUCGACGCCGCUCUUCAGGCUGGUGCGGCUUCCGAGGUGGCGUCUUCCGUUCGCGACGUGGCGCGACUUUUAUCAGAAAAACAGGACAUCUGUUGCCAGAACGGCGGAUUAUCGAAGGAGACGGAAACGGCGAACGAAGAAGGGGUGACGGUCGCAGCGAUGGUAAUAGCGAACGGUGGUUUGCAAGAAGGGGGUUCUCUGUCGGACAGCGGUAUAUCGGACAGCGGAAGCGAGCAGGAGCUCAGCGAAAGGGAACGUCGUCUGGCAGCUUUGCGUCGCCUUGCACGUACCCUGGAAGCUCAAUUGGCACCGGGUAGCGAGGCGCUCGUUGAACUUGCGAAAAGAGUCGAAAGCGCCGAAUCUGAACUCCGGGGACUGCAGAAACAGUGCAGGGAACUGAUCGUCCGCACCGCUGCCAGUGUCGAAGCUCGUGCCGUAAACCGGACGAGAAAUCAGAUGGCGAUGCCGAACAGCAAACGUAAGAAAAGUUCUUCGAAGACGGACGCGGACGUGUCCGCCCUUGAAUCCCCCGUUGAUUUAAGUGCGAGUGAACUCGUGGGCACCGGUGAUCCGGACAACGAGCCCCGACGACCUCACGGUUGGGUUUGGCGCGUUUUGAGAGCAGCGUUACCGUUCCAGUUGGCUUUGGUUGCGCUUUUUUGCGCCGCUUGUCUCCUAGAGCCGCAUUGUUGCGAAGCUGCCAACACAAUGAAUCUUUCCCUCACUCCCCAAUUGCGUUACGUACGUGGACCACCGCCGGUUUGAGUACCCCAAAAAAAAAAAACAGCGGAUUGCUCGUACCUCGUUGUUAAACAUUCAGCAAUCACCGCUCCCUUUGUGACAAGUAGUUCCACCCAAAAAAAAAAAGAAAAAAUAAUUAUUCGGGUGAAUAUGGUUUUUUCUCAAAAAUAAAUGAACGUUGGAAUUGGGUUUUGGUGAUCGUCGUGUGUCAGCCGGGAUCAAACUGAACGAUUCAAAGGUUGCAAUCACACAUUUUCGCACCAAUAAUCUAACCCAGAUAUAAUGUUUGUCGUACGCGGACUACGUUGAGGAGGAGGCUGAUCGUGAGUGAAACCGUUGUCGAUGGAAGGUAAGCAGGAAAUCGAUGAUUUUGUAUUUCGGAGAUUAUCCAGAUGAUCGAUCCGAUCGAAUUUACUUUUCAAAUUAUGCUUCGUUCGUAGUUAAUUGCGAGAAAAAGCCGCCAGCAUUGGCCGCGAGAGUACAAGUAUGCUCCUCGAUACCUCGGUUUGCGGAGAGCCAGGUGUCACGAUUUUUUAUUUUUCAGAAUGGGUGUUACGAUAUGUUAACACUUUUUUCAAUAUUAUUUUUGUUAUCUAGCUACCGUUAGCAUCGAACGGUAGAAACAUUUCGUACUAGUAUGUAGUGAAAUGAUACGUACGUAAGAAAACGGGUCUCCUCCCGUUUUGUCCUUUGACAAGUUUUAUUUUUCUUAUUUUUCGAUUAAAAUUUACGUCGUGAAAAGUAAAUCACUGUAACUGAACACCAGUAGAUGUAAUGAUUAUCGGUAGAUAGAGCGUUGAGAUAAUAUUUUUGAAGAAAAUAUUGAAAUUUUUAUUAUACGUUGCAUGCCCGUAAAGCAAAUAAUGAAGUUUAACGAAUUAAAGAAAAAGAGGACGCAAGGAGGUUUCUCAAAAUUUUCAUCCAAUUGCAAUUGCAUUUUUUUAUUUUGUCGGACGGCCUGAAAAAUCAUGUCACAGAUGAAGGUUUUUUUUAACUCAAAUCAAUUUCAAAAUUUUUUUCUAUCGUAGCUAUGUUUCAAAAAUCAAAGAAAAAAAGAAUCAAAAGAUUGACGUUUCAAAAGCAAAUUUUCCUCUUUACAACUCCUAAGUCCUCUUUGUAAAAUUUAUUAUAUAAUAUUUAUAUAAUAUUGGUUUAGAAAACAUAUAUUAUGUGUCGUAGAUAGGUACAUAUAUUACAUAUUCUAGAAUCAUGGACCAUGAGCCCAUUAAAGUACAUAGCGGUACGGUUAUCGAAGCGAAGGUGUGCGUGGUGCUACGAAUAAUCGAACGUUAUUUUUAACGAAGGCGCAUCUGCGGAUAAUGAUAAAAAUCAUUACCGCGGAAUGAUAAUAUAUUUAUUCUCAUACGAUAUGACGUUUAAAUAAUAAUCGCCUGAUGUGCGAGCGACGAGACAAGUUCGGUAAAAUCCAUCGCGUGACCAUUGAUACGUUGCGAGUAAAAAUUGAAGCGUAUAUCUUUGAUUUUUCUAUGUCAUCAAUAACUUCAUCGUUUGCCACUCGUCGUUGACGUUCGAGAUCCGGGGGCAUAAAUCAAAGCGAAAGGUAUCCCCCGCUUAAAUGCAUGGCGCUGCUGCGUGCGUGCGCGAUUGUAUAUAAUAUACCCUAAGUUUUAAUUACUGAAACUACCAAUUAUAUUAUAAUAUAUUGAAUACAUUAUACGAGUGAGUAAUCGUAGAACACGAGUAAAUCUAUCGAUCUUAAAUUAAGACUUUAGACAUUGUGCCGUGUGUGUGCAGAUAAGCUGUGUUUUAUAUGCCUUUAUGGGUACGAUUUUUUUUUUUUUUUUUUUAUUUUUUUUUUCAUCACAUUAUUAUUGCUGUUUCUUUUUAAAUUUAAUGUAUAAUAUAUUUUGGUCGAGGCCAUCGACUUACAGCCUCCGUGUAUAUUUUGUGAAAGUCGGAAAAAAAGCAUCGCCAUAAAACUGCAGAUUGAAAAAAUUAAUCUAGAAGUUUUUAAUUAUUAUUAUCUUUUAAAAAUUUUUCUGACAAAGAUAGGUAAGAUCUAUGAAUUUACGGAGGGCCGAAACGGGGAAUCGGCGGUAGAAUGAUAAUGAAUUUUUGAACGUAUAAGUUUCCAUGGAGGACUACAACGUAAUAUCGCGUUUUUGAUAAUCGAUGUAUUUCAAAUAUUUAUACCGGACAUUAUGUACCGAGACUUUUGACAAUUUUACAGUAAUGAAUUUGACCUUUUUGCGUAAAUCGCCGCGUGGGAAUUGUUGGUGAAUAUUGAUUAGAAGCGAGUAUGACGUUUUUUCAAACGUUUUCGCCCAACUAGCCCGCUGCAAAAGCGAACGCUAUUAGAUAGAUAUAUGGAGUACGAAGCGUACUUCGAAAAUAUUAUUACACUAUAUAGAUAUAUGUGUAAUCGCCUUGAAGAGAAAGAAGAAAAAAAAAAAAAAACUGAAAAGUCAAUUACACUAACCCGUAUAAAAAUAAUGCAUAAUUAGCGUUAUCAUAUGAAAUAAAGUGCAGGAGCACCAAUGUAUCUUUGUUCUACUGGUAAACUGCGAGCGUGCCUUUGAGCGAUUAACGUCAUGUAGAAACAAUUAAGAUAUUGUUUUCUAAUGUUUGAAAUCCUCAUAAUAUGCAUACUUAUUAUACCGGCGAGAAUAAGGGUUUUGGGGUAUCCAGGGUCGAAGUAACUGCCUUAUAUCUUAUCAUGAUAAUGUGUAUAAAGUACCUGAUAAUAAGAUUAUUAUAGAUUUUUAUAAAUAACAUAAAUAAUUACGAUCAUCAUAUUAUGAAUAAUUAAAUGUUACGAUGGGAAUAAUUAUUCAUCGGCUGCUUGAAAUCAUAAUACAUAUAAUAUAGCUGAUUAUCUGCGGCGUUUAUACCAUGAUCGCUCCGCAUCAUUUAAUUAUAUACAUGCAAUUAUUUUAACAACGUGUUUAAAAAUGACGUUAUAUUCAUUUUUUUUCACCGUGGCUUUGUUGCCGAUUAUUUGUUACCUUUGAAAUCAGCCAAUACGCUGUAGCAUGACGAAUGAAAAUACGUGAAAGGAAAGUAAAAAAUCUAAAAAGAAAAACAAAAAAGAAUUAAAACAGAAUUACAAACUGUAAUUAUCGAAGAUGUGUUUUUACAUACGCCGAGCUUCGCAAAACUAAAAUAAAUAAAUCAGAAAAAAAAAAAUAAAAAAGUUCAUUUUAAUAAAUCAGGUACAUCAUCGCUUUUUCUUCGUAGCCUAAUCGAAGUGGAUCAUAUUUUUAUCGAUCAUUUUAGAGUCGUUUAUUUUUAGUUCACUUAAGGUAUAGAUCAUCUAUGGAAAUCGAGUUAGUGCUCGAGUAAUUUUACAUCGCCGAGUGAAACAUGCAUUCUCUUGUGCGGUAUCGAAAUCAUUCAUUACUGGCGCGUAACGCAAGGGAUUUUAAUAAGACUACAUAAUUAGCGUUUUUAUUAUAGCGAGUAAUAAUAAAAUACUAGGCUAUAAGGGGUAUUUCUUAAUUUACCUAAGUAAUCAAUGAAGUUCCACGUAAGCCCGUUUGCUCAAACGCAUUUUAUGAGAAUAUCUGAAAAAAAUUCAAAGAAGAUACCAGUGAAGCAAGGAACACUAUCAUAGCCAGGUUCAUGCGUAUAGAAGUGUGAGAUUUUGCCAGAAAAUUUUCUGACCAUAUGAUUCAAAAUAAAAUGAAAGGCGGAAUGAAAACUAUAUAGAUAUAUAUAUAUAAAAAAACCCCGAAAGAUCUCGUCGCAAUCAAAAUGUCUUUAGUCCAGCAGUAUCGCCACUGAUCAUCUUUUACAAGCACACUACCUAUUCAUUCCAAAAAAAAAACUUGAUUCAUUGAACAUAGUCAUGCGAUCGGUCACCGAUUCCACCAAAAGUUGGCGGUGUUCGGUCAUCCAAUAUUGCUCCACCUACUACUAUACUACUCGUACUGUAAACCACAUCAUUCAUCACAAGAACAACAAUUUAUAUGUAUACAUAUGUAAACGCUACCGUUAACGCGUUAUGCUUCAACAAUAACGUAGUUUUGGUAGCGGUACACUCUAUCAAAUAUAUCGAUAUGUAUUUUAACAUAUUUUAAAGAAUAAAAUUCGUUUUGGAAAAUAUAUACGUAUUAUACGAA